AUGGCGCUCAACUACAUCACCUUCAACCAGGACCACAGCUUCCUGGCCGUCGCAACCACCGAUGGCAUGCGCGUCUACUCGACCAAUCCCUUCUCUCUUAUCUUCCAAACCCCUCUGACCGAAAAUGGCGCUUCCGGCGACAUCGCCAUCCUCGAGAUGCUCUUCUCCACCUCGCUCGUUGCCAUGAUCCUGUCUCCGCGACUCUUGCGCAUCGUCAACACAAAACGUCAGACCACUGUAUGCGAGCUCACCUUUCCUGCCCGAGUCGGCGCCGUCAGACUCAAUCGCAAGCGUCUUCUCGUCGUCAUGGACGACCUCAUGUUCGUCUACGAUGUGUCCUCGAUGAAGGUCCUCAAGGAAAUCGUCACUCCCUCAAAUCCUCAGGCCAUCUGCGCUCUCUCUCCCGACUCUACAAACAACUACAUUGCCUACCCCAUGCGCAAGAAAGAAUACACCUCACAGCCUGCUCCCACUCACGUGCCUCCGGCCGGCCCACGAGUCACUGAACCCAUGGGUGGAGAUGUCAUGCUUUACAACGCCAACGACAUGCAAGAAGUCAAGGUUAUACCCGCUCACCAGGCCCCUCUGUCGUGCAUGGCGAUCAACAAAGAAGGCACUAUGCUGGCUACCGCCUCAGAAAAGGGCACUGUCAUCAGAGUCUUUGCCAUCCCGUCCGCUCAGAAGCUCUACCAGUUCCGCAGGGGCAGCAUGCCUGCUCGCAUUCACUGCAUGUCCUUCAACGAAGCAAGCACUUUGUUGUGUGUUUCUAGCGCUACCGAGACGGUCCAUAUUUUCCGCCUAUCUACAGAUAAUGCUGUACCAGAUUCAGGACUAGAAGCACCGUCCGAUGCCCCUACAACGCCACAGCGCUACCCACGCCAACGCAGCGAAAGUCCCAACGACUCGUCUGAUCCCUCGUCAAGCUCCAUCCUCGGUGACUCUGCGGCAGACUCGCCUGCGAAACCUCUACGUUCUCCCGGCUGGAUGUCUAUGGUUCGUCGAACCUCGCAAAACGUGUCUACUACACUCGUCUCGCGUGCUGCAGGGUACUUGCCAAACGCUGUCACCGAAAUUUGGGAGCCAGCUCGCGACUUUGCGUGGGUCAAGAUACCUAAAGGUCGCAAUGGCGCGCCUGUCAAAAGUGUAGUUGCCAUGGGCGAGGCGGCUCCUGAGGUCAUGGUUGCCACUAGCGAAGGCGACUUUUUAAUCUACAACAUUGACCUCGAGAGCGGAGGCGAGGGCCGUCUGGUCAGACAAUACUCUGUCCGCGAAAGAAGUGAGACACAUAGUGGUUUCAAUGCCGAUUAG